AUGAGUGAUAGUGACGAUGAUUUUGGUAUGGAAGGCAAAAAAUCAAGACAUGAAAUGAAAGGAAGGAUGCAAAGGUCUUAUAUGAUGUAUAGUUCCCUUGAACCUGAAGAUCUUGGUGCUUUUGUUUUUCCCCAAAGUAGCAUGCAUGGAAUGAGUCAUAUGGACAGAAUGGAUUUAGGAAAUCAUUCAUCUAUGCAUGAUGCUUACGCUCCAAUGUCUAGAGGUAUCAUGGGAGGAUUAGGAUUAGGAGGAGGCUACUACGGCAGAAGCGAGAAAAGAAGUCAUAAGGGGCAUGGAAAGUAUGCUGAUUGCGACGAUUUCGAAGACGGUGCUGCUAGUUUUUUACCAAAAUCCCAAUCUGCACCAAAUUCUUACGUAAAGAAAACAAGUGUGGAAGAACUAAUUCCAUUUAGCCCAAUCAUUUUUUAA